CCAUCCUCUCUACCACUCUUUCACUGUAUUUUUUCUUCACAAAAAGCCUCAAAAAUGGAUGAUCUCUUCGAGGGUGCCGUUGGUAUCGAUCUUGGAACCACCUACUCAUGCGUUGGUGUAUGGCAAAAUGACCGGGUCGAGAUCAUCGCCAAUGACCAGGGAAACCGUACGACGCCGUCCUACGUUGCCUUCUCCGCUGAGGAACGUCUGAUCGGUGAUGCCGCAAAAAAUCAGGCCGCCAUGAACCCGGCCAACACCGUCUUCGACGCAAAACGACUUAUUGGUCGCCGCUAUGACGACCCAGAUGUCAAAAAAGACAUGUCCCAUUGGCCAUUCAAGGUUAUCGACAAAGAUGGCUCGCCCUUUGUCUCCGUUAACUACCUCGGAGAGGAAAAGACUUUUACGCCGCAAGAGAUUUCGGCCAUGGUCCUCACAAAAAUGAAGGAUAUUUCAGAGGCGAAGCUUGGCAAAACUGUGAAGAAGGCUGUUGUUACCGUUCCGGCUUACUUCAACGAUUCUCAGCGAUUGGCAACCAAGGAUGCUGGUUCAAUUGCUGGGCUUGAUGUUCUGCGUAUCAUCAACGAACCGACCGCCGCCGCUAUUGCUUACGGUCUCGAUCAACAGUCAAAGACCGAACGCAACGUCCUCAUUUUCGACCUUGGCGGAGGAACCUUCGAUGUUUCUCUUCUAAACAUUACAGGUGGUGUCUUCGCCGUCAAAGCCACUGCUGGUGAUACUCACUUGGGUGGAGAGGACUUCGACAACAACCUCCUUGAACACUUCAAAAAUGAGUUCAAGCGUAAGACUAAGCUGGACAUUUCUGACGACGCUCGUGCGCUCCGUCGUCUUCGCUCUGCUUGCGAACGUGCCAAGCGUACUCUUUCAUCCGUUGCGCAAACCACCGUUGAAGUAGACUCGCUCUUCCAGGGCGAGGACUUCUCGGCCAAUAUAACUCGGGCGAAGUUCGAGGAGAUCAAUGCGCCACUGUUCAAAUCUACUAUUGACCCCGUUGACAAGGUGCUCAAGGAUGCAAAGAUGUCGCGUGAGAAGGUAGACGACAUUGUCCUCGUUGGUGGUUCGACUCGUAUCCCGAAGAUUCAAUCCCUUGUCUCUGAGUUCUUUGGUGGUCGACCGCUGAACAAGUCUAUUAACCCCGACGAGGCUGUCGCAUACGGUGCUGCCGUUCAGGCCGCUGUGCUCACUGGACAGACCUCGGAUAAGACACAGGAUCUCCUACUCCUCGAUGUUGCCCCUCUUUCGCUCGGUGUGGCUAUGCAGGGCGACGUCUUCGGUGUUGUCGUACCACGUAAUACGCCAAUCCCGACGAACAAGAGCCGUACGUUCACGACAGUCGAGGACAACCAGACGACGGUCACGUUCCCCGUUUAUGAGGGUGAGCGUACCCAGUGCCGUGACAACCGUCUUCUCGGCGAGUUCGAGCUCAACGGCAUUCCACCGAUGCCGCGUGGGCAAGCAGAGCUUGUUACGACCUUUGAGGUUGACGCCAACGGUCUGUUGAAGGUGUCUGCUAUGGACCGUGCUUCGGGUCGCAAGGCGUCUAUCAGCAUCACGAACUCGGUCGGCCGUUUAUCGAGCGCUGAGAUCGAGCAGAUGAUUAAGGACGCUGAGCAGUUCAAGCAGGCUGACAAGGACUUCAGCGCGCGCCAUGAGGCGAAGAGCGACCUCGAGGCCUAUAUCCACCAAGUGGAGAACACAAUUACGAGCCCCGAGAUCGGCAUGAAGCUCAAGCGUGGUGCCAAGCAGCAGGUUGAAGCUGAGCUCGCUCGUGCACUCGAGAAGCUUGAGAUUGAGGACUCUUCAUCUGAUGAACUAAGGAAGGCGCAACUCGGUAUUAAGCGUGCGUUGCAGAAGGCAACGGCCGGGAUGCGGUAAAAAGUAGAUAAUUCGUUCUGUUCUAUACGAUACGAUACGUACGAUUUCCCUUGGUGUCCCGUAGACGAAGGCUUGUAUUGCCCCAACAAAACUUGCCAGGCAAAUCAGUUGCACUGUAUUGUUUUGUGUACGCUUUGCUUACACUUCAUUCUUGCUUUCCUCAUUAUAUGCAAUAUUAUCACCCUUGAAAGUAUGAAGUAAUUACAACAUGACAGGAAAUGAGAGAAUUCAUUGAAA